AUGCUUCGCCAAUUCAUCCGUCCUGCCGCUACUGCCAACCGGGCUGUCUUCACCCGCUCCUUCUCCGUUGCUGUUCCUCGUAUGGGCGAAGGUGACACCGGUGCCCCUCGCACUGGUGGUGGUGGCGCCAGCGGUGACUCAUUCACCAAGCGCGAGGCUGCUCAGGAGAGCCUUUACAUUCGUGAGAAGGAGCUUGAGAAGUAUGUUUUUGCAGAGCUGAAUGACCAGGGUAACCCCAGAGCUAACCAGGGUGACAGGCUCGCUCAACUUAAGAAGAAGAUUACCGAACAGCGCAAGCACUUGGAUGAGCUAGAGACCCACAUCGAUGGCCUGAGCCGGAAAUAG